CAGGAGCAGACGCGGGCGCGCGGACUCGCCGAGUGGAGGUCCCCGACAGCGCCGCGCCGGAGACACAAAAACAAACAGACGGCGACACAAGACGGCGACACAAGACGACACCAGACGGCGACACAAGACGGCGACACAAGACGCAGAGCCCGCGACAAGGCGCGCAAAGCAGCCGGUAGUGGGGUGGUGGUGGUGGGGGUGGCGAUGAACGCGACGGUGAUUAGCGAGGAGAUGUCGCCUGACGCGCGACUCAAUGGUCGCAGUUAACUCCGCUGAGGACUGCAAUUGACGCCGAGGACGUAAGGAGAGGGACACGCGCGGGUGACACCGCCACGCGGGGAGAGGAGCGAGGGAGCGGCGAUGCUGCGAGGCCGUGAGCAGAGAGAGUCGCCGCCGCCCCGUACUCCUCCUACAGCUUCUAAAGCCCACCAGCAAAUGCCAACAACAACAACCGCCACCACUACCAAAGCGACAUCCCGGACAGACAUCAGGAGCAGCAGCAUCAUCAUCAGUCUCCCUGGAGAGACUUGAGAGAGAGAGUGGCUUGGCCGGCCCUGCAUACUGGCCGGGCGCAUUGGAGACAACACCCCCUCCCAAUCAACUUCUCACCGCAGCGAUCUCGAGAUCGUCCCAACGACAGAGAGAGACAUAUCGACACACACACUCACUCGCACACAGACGGGGUGGGGGGCUGGCCGCGGUGGGGGGAGGCGUCUCAUGUCGCACGUCUCAUGUCGCACGUCUCAUGUCGCACGUCUCAUGUCGCACGUCUCAUGUCGCACGUCUCAUGUCGCACGUCUCAUGUCGCACGUCUCAUCUCGCACGUCUCAUGUCGCACGUCUCAUGUCGCACGUCUCAUGUCGCACGUCUCAUGUCGCACGUCUCAUGUCGCACGUCUCAUGUCGCACGUCUCAUGUCGCACGUCUCAUGUCGCACGUCUCAUGUCGCACGUCUCAUGUCGCACGUCUCAUGUCGCACGUCUCAUGUCGCACGCUUGACUUCAUUCACGCGUGAAGCGUCCGCAGCCGCGCUCCGCCACCCUCCUUCAAUGGGGUAGGAGAAUUCAUCAUCACCAUCAUCACCCUCCUCGUCGUCGCCGUGGCCAUCGCCGCGAUGGAGGUGGCGAUGGUGAGCGUGCAGGACGCCGGCGGAGGACUCGGCCCCUAUGGGCACCGGGGCGGCGGCGGCGGCGGCGGCGGAGGAGGUCCCGGGGGGUCGCGAGGAUUCGGCGGCUGCCGCGCCCCGCACGGCCACGCGGUGCUGACGCCGCACGCGCUCGACGUCCUGCUGCUGGACGCGGCUGCGUGCGAGCCCUACUACCAGCACUACAACAACCACCACCACCACCACCACAACAAUCUGCAGCAGCAACAACCGCAGCAGCAGCCGCAACAGCAGCACAACAACCAUCACAACCACCAUCACCAGCAGCAUCGCGGCAGCAGCAGCGGCGGCAGCAGCAGCAGCUUCAGCGCCGGCGGCGGCGUCGACUCGGGCGGGUUCCCGGAGGCGGGCGAGCGGCUCACCAUCAACGUGUCGGGGCUGCGCUUCGAGACGCACGCGCGCACCCUGGCGCGCUUCCCGCGCACGCUGCUGGGCGACCCGCGCAAGCGAGCGCCCUACUUCGACGCGCUGCGCAACGAGUUCUUCUUCGACCGCAACCGCCAGAGCUUCGACUCCAUCCUGCACUACUACCAGUCACGCGGGCGCCUGCGCAGGCCCGCGGGCGUGCCCGUGGACGUGUUCGCCGAAGAGCUGCGCUUCUACGAGCUGGGCGACGAGGCGAUGGCGCGCUACCGCGAGGACGAGGGUUGCGCGCCCGAGGAGGCCGAGCGAGUCCUGCCGCGCGCGCCCCUGGCCCGCCAGCUGUGGCUCCUCUUCGAGUACCCCGAGAGCUCGGCGCCCGCGCGCGCCAUCGCCAUCGUGUCGGUGGCGGUCAUCGUCCUCUCCAUCAUCGUCUUCUGCCUCGAGACGCUGCCGCAGUUCCGAGACGAGAGGCGCGACGCCGCCGCCGCAUACAACAACAAUAACAACAAUAACAACGACAACAACAACAACAACCAGCAGCAGCAGCACGUGAAGUCGGCCGACGUCGUGAGCAGCAACUCGCCGCCUCCAGGGUCCCCCGUGCACCCGCGCGUGUCGCCCUCGUCGCCCUCGUCGCCCUCCUCGCCGCUGCCUCCGGGCGUCGUGGCGGCGGCGGUGGCUCCGCUGAGCGCCUUCACGGACCCCUUCUUCGUGGUGGAGACGGUGUGCGUCGUCUGGUUCACCCUGGAGCUCGUCGUGCGCUUCCUCGUGUGUCCCAGUAAGUCGGCCUUCUUCAAGGACGUCAUGAACGUCAUAGACAUCGUGUCCAUCCUGCCGUACUUCAUCACGCUCGGCACGGAGCUCGCCGACCAGAGCGCGCAUGGUGGUAGCGAUGGUAGCGGUGGCGGUGGUGGUGGUGAUGGUAGCGGUGGCGGUGGAACCGCGCUCCCCUCCCCGUCGUCUUCUUCCUCGCCGGGCGGCCAGCACGCCAUGUCGCUCGCCAUCCUCAGGGUCAUCCGCCUCGUGCGAGUCUUCAGGAUCUUCAAGCUGUCGCGCCACUCCAAGGGUCUGCAGAUCCUGGGCCAGACUCUGCGCGCCUCCAUGCGCGAGCUGGGCCUGCUCAUCUUCUUCCUCCUCAUCGGCGUCAUCCUCUUCUCGAGCGCCGUCUUCUUCGCCGAGGCGGACAGCGACGAGUCGCACUUCACGAGCAUCCCCGACGCCUUCUGGUGGGCCGUGGUCACCAUGACCACGGUGGGUUACGGCGACAUGAGGCCCGUCACAAUCGGCGGGAAGAUCGUGGGCUCGCUGUGCGCCAUCGCGGGCGUGCUCACCAUCGCGCUGCCCGUGCCCGUGAUCGUCUCCAACUUUAACUACUUCUACCACCGCGAGACGGACAAUGACGACUCGGCGGUCAAAGUCCAGGGCGGCGGUGGUGGCGGUGGUGGCGCCGGUAGCGGUGGCGGCUCCUCUGGUGCCGUAGGGCCGCGUUCGUCGCAGGGGAGUGGAACGCCGAGGAAGCGCCGCCCCAGCAGCGCCCAGGGCCUCGACGCCGAGACGGACUCGAGCACGGAGUCGGGAGAUCCAAACUCCUCGGGACUCGCCACUGACGACGACGACGACGACGUCGACGGUUCGGGCCACCGCGCUCGGACGCGACUCACCGUGAGCGUUGGGCGCUUUUCCGACGGCGGCCAGAGGAACAAUAACUGCGCACUCCUGGUGGACGGCAUGGAGACGAAAGUGUGAGGGUCUCGUGCGGCGAUGGACGAGGGACGGGGGGGGGGUGGAGGGGA